AUGCUAAACCUUAAUGUAAGCUCGCUACAGCACGCGGUGUUACAAUGUAGCGUGGUGACGUUCGACCUACGGGGCGCGGGCAGGUCGACGGGGCACGCGUCGUUCACGGGCGAGCCCGAAGUGGCGGAUGUCAUGGUUGUGUGCCGCUGGGCAAGCGACAAGUAUGGCCAGUGCAUUCUGCUGCUGGGGUCGUCCGAAGGUGAGCGCGCGUGCUGCUGCUGUUUUCGUCCUCGCGUGGGCUCUCUCCUAUCCCUCUUCCCCUCCAUCUCCCCACGUGCAGGGGCGCCCAUUGCGAGGUAUGCCGCACUUCCUGUGUACGUGGGCGUGGGGUACACCUUUGGCCUCCCCUCAUCGCUGCUCUUUGGCUCGCACUACUCCACCGUGCUCGCCUGGCCCGGCCCCAAGCUCUUCAUCAUGGGCGCCGAGGACGAGUUUACGAGCACCAAGCAACUGGAGGUGCGCGCGGGCAAGGCGGCGGGCGUGGCGAAGGUGAGCAUUGUGGAGGGCGUGGGGCACUUUGGGCUGGAGGGGCCUGCGUAUGACUAG